UAGCCAUGGCCUUCACCAUGCUGAGACCUGUGGCUGCCCACGUGCUGUACCCAGACCUGAGCCUGCUAUCAGAGGAGGACGAGGAGAACCGCAGCGAGAGCGAUGCCUCCGACCAGUCCUACGGUUGCUGUGAAGGCCACCCCAAGAUGGCCAGGAAGCCGGGCCAGGUGGUUGUGGUGAAACAGAGGCAGGCGGCCAACGCCCGCGAGAGAGACCGGACCCAGAGCGUCAACACGGCCUUCACGGCCCUGCGCACCCUCAUCCCCACCGAGCCCGUCGAUAGGAAGCUGUCCAAAAUCGAGACCUUGCGCCUGGCGUCCAGCUACAUCUCUCACCUGGCCAACGUGCUUCUUCUGGGGGAAGGCUGUGAAGAUGGGCAGCCUUGCUUCAGCACCAUCUACGGCUCCAAAGGGGAAAGGGAAGCCAAGCAGCCCCGCAGCAUCUGCACUUUCUGUCUCAGCAACCAGCGGAAGGGGGGCAGCCGGCGGGAACUUGCCGGGGGAAACUGCUUGAAGGCAAGAGGGGUGAACCAGCUGAAGGUGCUACGGCGAUGAUCUAGCAUUUGGACAACCGUCUGUUUCAGGAGCCAAGCCAAGAUGAGAUUCACACCUCAGACAGCUGAGUUUGAUGUUCCGGACUGGGACAGGGGGGUGGGAGUAAUAGAACCCAGGGUGCCUGGUGCAUGCGAGUAGCAAACCUCAGUUAUGAAGCAACUCCCCACAUUGUGGGCUUGGAGGAGACAGAAUGGGGUGGAAGCUGACUUGGACUGCGGUGCAGCAAGAAAGGACGAAAGAGUCAAAAGAGAGGGAGCACAAACAUUCCCUGGACAUCGGCCUGGCCCCCUGGAGAUGUCCCCCCACCCUGAUCCCCCCCGAUAGGAGUUGGGACGUGAGAACUCUGUGAG